GAGAAGGUGAAGAAAUGUAAACAGUAACGGAAUACCGGUUGUGUGUGUGCAUGGAGCUCAUGCUCCUGUUCAGCCGGAAGAGCCCGUCCAAAUACUGUAACCAUUGAGGAUGAAAACUUUAAUCAUUGUUGAAGAUCGCAACUGCAACAGAUGGACUGUUUAAGAUUUUUAAAUUCGUUCUCCAUUGCUACCAUCUCUUGUGUACGCUUCAGUGAGAAGACACUGAUGAAGAAAAAUGGCUUCUUGUUGAAAGCCAAACUCAACGACGAUUCUGACCCACUACUCCAAGGGGCUGCUAAAGCUGCAUCUCUUCGUUUUCAGGAGACCCACCGACCAGAGCCUCUUUUUGUCGAUCCAUAUGCCGGUUGCUUUGUUCCUCCUAAUGUUCAAAUGGAUAUGAAAAAGCAUUCACACCAUUACUGUCUUGCAACAAAGUUCAUUGAUGAUAAGUUACUUCGUACAGUGACCCACAUGGAUGGACUUAAGCAGGUUGUUCUGUUGACAGAUGGCAUGGACACUCGGCCUUAUAGGCUUAACUGGCCAAACUCCACCAUCAUAUUUGAUAUUUCCCCUGACAAGAUAUUCAACAAGUCAGCUGCAAAGCUUGAAGGUGUUGGGGCUAAGAUUCCGAGAAGUUGCUUAUACCUUCAUGUUCCAUCAGAAUCGUCUAAUGUACAAGAAGCUUUGCAUUCUAAAGGCUUUAAUGGUAAUCGCCCAAGCAUAUGGGCAAUACAGGGACUUCCUGUGAUGACUUUGGUGAGUUUUGAAGAGAUUUUGCUCCUCAUUAGUAGUUCGGCUAUGAGUGGAUGUUUCUUCCUGGGGGAAUUGCCUGCAUGGUUGACAGAAACUGAAAUUGAGAAAAAGUCUACUACAGAGGAAUGGAUGGAAAAACUGUUCAUGAGCAAAGGUUUUGGGGUGGGAAUGGUUAGCUACAGUGAAGUUGCUAGCAGAUUGGGUAAGGAGUUAGCACCGGGAUACUACAAGAAUAUACUAUUUGUUGCAGAACAACUGCUGUUUUUCGAUGAUCAGGUACAUGAAGAUGGGAACUUGGAGGAGAGAAUUUAAGAGGGUAGAGGAAGAAACGGACAAGGCAGGGUUUGAAGAGGUCUAAUUGUAGAUAGAGAUUUUGAUUACAUGCUGUUGGUGGCAACAGUGCAAUUUUCUUUUAUAAUAUUUUUUCCCCUUUUGUUGUUUUGUGAAGUACAUUCUACGUGAAUUUGAUUAGGUGCAUUGAACUACAACAGUUUCUCCUGAUUUUCUCGUCAAGAAGUGGAGGACUCAUCCCUGAGCUUCUUUGAAACCAUAUUUUCUUUGGGUAAGAAACAAAUGAUGUAUACCCGUAGCAGGUGCACAUUAAUAUCAAUAGAAUUCAUAAUUUGAUAGUUUCAUAGUCAAUUUGUAACA